UGCCCGGAGUGGGAACGGAAACGUUCCAAGUCAGUUAUCAAACGCAUUAACAGCAAGUAAUCUAUCACCGUCACAUUAUUGUUUCAGUGGAAGCAGAAGUGACCAUGUUACCGAUAAGACAAGGGAGGGAGUACAUACGCAUGAUUGGCAGCUUAUUGUGACGCGGAGGUAA